AUGAAAUUAAUCUCCCGGCCAUUGCGGCCCUGCGACUGGACCAUCUUACCUCAAUGCCCUUCUCGGCCAUUCUCACGCCCUGCGAGUUUUGCACGGCACCCUUCACCGUCUGCUCACAAAUGGUCCCAUCCACCCAGCUCGACAACCAUCGCCGACGACGAAGUUGCAAACCUCGCAAGUCAGCCGCUACACGCUCUGAGUCUGGCAGAUCUAGUCAAGCAUGGACGACCACCCCUCUGCACAGAAGCGCUGUUUUCUUCCGCCAACUUCACCCUCUCACUUCUCCCGAUUCGACUCGCACAUCGAAUACAAGCUCUUCGAAACCUCCCCUUCAUCGUCGUCUCGAAUCCCAACAUCUCGAAGAUCUACAACAACUACCUGCAUUCGUUGUCGACCCUCCUUCCCUACAAUACAAAGACCAUAACCACGCUCGAAGACGAGAUACGAUUCACAGCAGUCCUCGCAGACCUGGUCGAGACACACUCGCACACGAUACCCACACUAGCUCGGGGCUUUUUGGAGUGUAGGAAGUACAUCAAUCCUAUCGAAGUGACGCGAUUCUUGGAUGAACAUCUGCGGGCUCGAAUUGGUACACGAUUAAUUGCGGAACAGCAUAUCGCUCUACACAUAUCAUCACAGCCACAUCAAGACCCAAAGUCAACCCCCCACCCUGUCGACGUGGACAACUCCUCCUACAUUGGUGUCAUUGAUACAGCUUUGCAGCCCGCUGCUAUCAUCAAUUCCUGUGGGAAUUUCGUUUCCGAGAUCUGCGAACUCAAAUAUGGUGUGCGGCCAACGUGGAUCAUCGACGGAGAGCCUGCCACGACUUUCGCUUUUGUCCCAGUACAUCUCGAAUACAUUAUUACAGAACUGCUGAAAAAUGCUUUCCGCGCAACUGUCGAAUCCGGCAGAUCUCACGAACCAGUUGUCAUUACCAUCGCUGCAGAGCCAGAGUCCGCCGCUGACAUAGAAAAAGCAUUGCCCCGUGCAGAGCCCACUGAUAAUCCCCCAAUAAAGCCCUUCGAGGAAUCGGCUCCUGGGGUCACAAUUCGCAUUCGCGAUCGAGGCGGCGGGAUAAGUCCAGAGGUUUUGCCAAACAUAUGGUCAUAUUCCUUUACAACAUUCUCAGAAGAUGAUCUUCCUGGACAGGCUCCAGGCAGUGGGAGCAUGGACGCCCUGAAUGCGAUUUCUGGUGCUGGUGGAGAAGGAAGCUCAAUUGCUGGUCUGGGGUACGGGCUGCCACUUGGCAGGGCAUACGCAGAAUACUUCGGUGGCGGAAUCGCCGUACAGAGUUUAUACGGUUGGGGUUGUGAUGUUUAUCUCAGGUUGAAAGGCCUGGGCCGACCUAAGGGUUGA